GCUUUUAGCCCUCUCCUUUCAUUUCCCUCUUCUCGUUCAACUAGUAAAACCUUCUUAGCUCUCAGCACCCCUUUUAGCUUUCUCCUCAACCCCUUCACUUUUGCCCAAAACCAAAAAGCAUUAGAAGCAAGGGAAAAAAAAUCCAUCUCACUUGCAUUAUUACUAGUAUUAUGAAGGUCCAAUGCACAAAGAAACGUCGACGUUUCACCUUUUCGUUAUCUUUCUUGGUUAUCUUCCCUGCACUAUUUUCCACCUUUGAUGUUUGUUCCGCUGGCUUGCUCUCCCAGCCGGCUCAGCCAUUAAAGCCGGGAGACUAUUCAUCUUCGAACACAGUCCCCGCAUUUCCCGUUCAAACGCAGGCCCAAACUUGCCGGCUUGACCUCUCAGACGAGCUUUUCGGCGGAGUCAGUGCAGCUUGUGGGCGUGACCUAGACAGAAGCCGAUGCUGCCCAGUACUGGCAGCGUGGCUGUUCGCUGCUCAUGCUCGCUCGGCUUUGCAGGUCAGCUCAGCUGCUCCUCCGACCAGCUCCGACCUGCCCAUGAUGCCGGACGACUCGCAGAAGUGUGUGAACUCGCUGCAGAGCUCCUUGCUCAGCCGCAACAUCCAUAUUCCUCAGCCUAAUGGCUCUUGCGACCCCGUUUUGUGCUUUUGUGGGAUUCGCCUUCAUCAGAUCACUUCCUUGAGUUGUCCAGCCGCGUUUAAUCUGACGGGCUCCCGGAAUGCGACGCCGACGGCCGCGGUCAAGAAUUUGGAGAAGAAUUGUCACAACUCUUCUUAUGCUGGUUGUACCAAGUGUCUUGGUGCGCUCCAAAAGUUAAACGGCGAGGUUAAAAACGGAACUCAAAAGAUGGACGUGGAAGACGGGGACCGAGCAAGCAAAAUGUUAAGCAGGGAUUGCCAGCUCAUGGGGCUGACGUGGCUGCUAGCUCGGAACAAAACGGCAUACAUACCCACCGUUUCGGCAGUAUUGCGGGCAGUUAUGUACAGUGCUCAUCCUCCUCAUGAUGCUAAAUGCAGCCCCGACCAAGAAAACAUGCCCUUAGCCGUCGAUUCGCUGCAGUUUGAGCAAUCAGAGGCGUCAUCUUCGCCGUCCAUUUCCACUACUUCUUGGUCAAUCAAUAUUCUUCUGUUUCCGAUUUUACCCUUAAUCAUUAUUGGAUCUCUAUUCGUGUGAAAAAACAGGAACUUUUUGGAAAGGAAAAAAAAAAAAAAAACCGGCUGCCUUUGUUUUUUAGCCUGUGACGGGUUGUCGGGUGGAUUCACGUGAAGCUAGUUGACAAAUUGUGUGGGAUGGAGGGGGCAUUCUUGUCUUUUUGUACCACUGUAAAUUUUUUAGGUCACUUUCACAGAUUUGUACUUUUUGACAUGCAGUACGAGGACAAGAUCUUACUUUUACUGCGGAGAGUGACCUUACAUUUAGUCUAGGUUUUGAUGUUUAUUAGGUCAUUUUAUGGUAGCUUUUUUUUAAUUUAUUGAAUUACUCCUAUUUACAA